AUGGAGUUCCCUGAACCCCUGCUGGCCUUCGGGCCACAGCACUUCAUGUGGGAAACAGUGGGCUCAGGGGACAGUCCUGUAGGAAGGGCCGUGACUGCGGUCUGGGGCUCUACCUCCCGAGAGCUGACUCAGCUGUCCUUGGGUGGCGUUCAAAGCUCUCCGUGCCAGGACUACCGGGGCGGCGUGCUGGCGGGCGACCUGUGUGCGGACCUGUGCGAGGCGGGGAGGCUGCUGUACCGGCGCUGUCUGCACUACGAGAGGGGCAAGAAGGUGCUGCAGGCGGACUGGCGCGGCCGGCCCGUCAUUCUCAAGUCCAAGGCCGAGGCCUUCUCCAGCUUCCGGCCACCCAGCCUGCUGGAGGACCCGGCCGGGGACGGGGACCAGGAUGUCCCGGAGGCAGAACUGCUCCUGCUGGUGGCCGGGGAGGUCAGGAGCGCCCUGGGCCUGGAGCUGUCCAACAGCAGCCUAGGGCCGCUGUGGCCAGGGCCGCGGGGCCAGCACUGGCGGGGCCAGCUGGCCAGCCUGUGGUCCCUCCUGCAGCAAGAGGAGUUCGUGCUGCUCAGCCUGCUGCAGGGCCUGAGCCGGCACGCCCUGCCCGUGCUGGGCUCCUGUGGCCACUUCUACGCCGUGGAGUACCUGGCGGCCGGCAGCCCCCGCCACAGCGCCCUCUUCCCCCUGGACGGGGCCUCCCGCAGCCAGGCCCAGGCCGUCAGCGACAUGGCGCUCAGCUUCCUGGACCUGGUGAGCCAUUUCGACAACGACUUCUCCCACCGCCUGCACCUCUGCGACGUCAAGCCCGAGAACUUUGCCAUCAGAAGGGACUUCACGGUGGUGGCUAUUGAUGUGGACAUGGCCUUCUUUGAACCUAAAAUGAGGGAAAUUCUCGAGCAGAAUUGCACGGGAGAUGAAGACUGCAAUUUUUUUGACUGUUUUUCAAAGUGUGAUUUGCGAGUCAACAAGUGCGGAGCCCAGCGAGUCAACAGCAACCUGCAGGUCGUCUGUGACAAAAUAUUCCGCCACUGGUUUUCCUCGGCUCGCACGACCCGCGCCUCUGGUCACCCCGCCUGCUCCGACUUUGCCAGCCGGAGAGGUGACCUGGAUCCAUCGCUCUGUUCUCCAGAGCUUCCUGGGGCUGUAACCAGCCCACAGAGGGGCCGUGAUGGACAGGGCUCACAGGAGGACGGGAAGCGCCAGAUGGUGACUUGGAAAGUUCGUGGCAGUCUGGUGAAGAGCUUUGUACUUGAGGCCAAUGGUGCAAUGGAUUUUCAGCUCCGAGGCCUCCCUGUGCGGGAGCCGACGCCGCACUGCAGGUCAAGCUGUCGCAUCGCACACCUGCAUGCCUUCCCGGGGCUGCUGCGGCAAAUCGCCGCGAACUCGGCAGCUGCUGAGCGCACCCCAGAUCUGCACCCACACGGUUCCGGAGGCCAGAAGUCCGAGACCGGCUUCCCUGGGCGGGGGUCAAGGUUGCCGGAGGGGGGCACGAAACAGACGCUGACCCUACAGUCCCGAGGCUGGACGGCAGAGCUGGUGUCUGGGGACGCCCGCUUCAUGGUCCACUCCCCUCGGCUUCCUGGCGAGGUCCUGAGGCUGCCCUGUGGGGACAGACUGGAGCCCUACCAGCCAAAUAUCUCCUUUGUCCUGAGCCUGGGGCCUCCAAGCAGUGCCUGCAGCGAAAAGAAAACACACCCACCCGGGUAG